AUGAAGGUCACUACUGUUCUCUCUAUUCUCGCUGUUGCUUCCAGUGCAGCAGCUGCAGGUUGUGGGCGAGGAUUAACUUACUGUGGAAGUAGUCUCCUUGCACAUGGCAACUACCAUGAGCAGAUCAACGAGGCCCUUAAGAGGGCAGGAAAGCCAACUGAUAGCCAUCAUAUUCUUGACUCGUUAUUCUUCUGCACUAGUGACGAAGAUUAUGUUGUAUGGGAGGCUAUAUGCAAACCCAGAGAGUGUUAUGAUGCGGGUCUUGGGAACUCUGAUCAUUGUAUCGGCGACCCCGAAGAGGAGUAA